GGCAAAGCCAUUUCAAACCCCCAAGGCUGGCCCUGCCGUUACAAGAACUUAUAGACCCAACCCGACACUCGGUCGAACAACGAAUGGACCAUGUAUGGUCGAAAUUUGGAUGCGGCAAAAAUGGAAGAGGAAUGUCCCGCUACAAAACCAAGCACAAUAAAGCUGGAGGAAAGGUGCGACGGUCCCAUCGCACAAGGGAGAAUACACAUCUAUUGUCCUGUAUCUCCAAUCCAAUAUACCUCCUCCUAACGCCGGGGAAAGCCCACAAAAGAAGUCUAUUUGUCGAUGUAAGAAAUUCGAAAUUGACAAGAUUCUUUACAUCGACCACCACGGAAUCACCUGGACUCUCGAAUUUAUACUCGUACUCGCCUUUCAUAUAUGCUUUCGUGAAAUCCGAACAAAUGUUCAAAAGG